AUGGCAGAGGUAGAAGCAGUCCAGCUGAAGGAGGAGGGGAACCGGCAUUUCCAGCUUCAGGACUACAAGGCUGCGACGAAGAGCUACAGCCAGGCCCUGAAGCUGACCAAGGACAAGACCCUGCUGGCCACACUCUAUCGGAACCGGGCAGCCUGCGGCCUGAAAACGGAGAGCUACGUCCAGGCAGCCUCAGAUGCCUCCAGAGCCAUUGACAUCAACUCCUCGGAUAUCAAGGCUCUGUAUCGACGAUGCCAGGCACUGGAGCGCCUGGGGAAGCUGGACCAGGCCUUCAAGGAUGUGCAGCGUUGUGCCACCCUGGAGCCACGGAACCAGAAUUUCCAGGAGACGCUGAGGAGGCUCAACACCAGCAUCCAGGAGAAGCUCCGUGUGCAGUUCUCCACAGACGCCAGGGUGCAAAAGAUGUUUGAGAUCCUCCUGGACGAAAAUACUGACGCUGAUAAGCUGGAAAAGGCUGCCAACAACCUCAUUGUCCUAGGCCGUGAAGAAGCAGGGGCCGAGAAGAUCUUCCAGGGCAACGGGGUGGCCCUGCUGCUGCAGCUUCUGGACACUAAGAGGCCUGAGCUGGUGCUGGCUGCAGUGCGGACCCUGUCUGGCAUGUGCAGUGGCCACCGAGCCAGGGCCACAGCGAUUCUGCAUGCUGUGCGGAUAGACCGAAUCUGCAGCCUCAUGUCCGUGGAGAAUGAGGAGAUGUCCCUGGCUGUCUGCAACCUGCUCCAAGCCGUCAUCGACUCCCUGUCUGGGGAGGACAAGCAGGAGCAUCGAGGGAAGGAGGAGGCCCUGGUUCUAGACACCAAGAAGGACCUGAAGCAGAUCACCAGCCACCUGCUGGACAUGCUGGUCAGUAAGAAGGUGUCUGGCCUGGGCAGGGACCAGGCGCUGAACCUGCUCAAUAAGAACGUCCCGAGGAAGGACCUUGCCAUGCACGACAACUCGCGCACUGUCUACGUGGUGGAUAAUGGCCUGAGGAAGAUCCUGAAGGUGGUGGGGCAGGUUCCAGAUCUGCCAUCCUGCCUGCCCCUGACGGACAACACUCGCAUGCUGGCUUCUAUCCUCAUCAACAAGCUCUACGACGACCUGCGCUGUGACCCAGAGCGAGAUCACUUCCGCAAGAUCUGUGAGGAAUACAUCACGGGCAAGUUUGACCCCCAGGACAUGGACAAGAACCUGAAUGCCAUCCAGACAGUGUCAGGGAUCCUUCAGGGCCCCUUUGACCUGGGCAAUCAGCUGCUGGGACUGAAAGGUGUGAUGGAGAUGAUGGUGGCACUGUGUGGCUCGGAGCGUGAGACGGACCAGCUGGUGGCCGUGGAGGCCCUCAUCCACGCCUCCACUAAGCUCAGCCGCGCCACCUUCAUCAUCACCAAUGGCGUGUCCCUGCUCAAGCAGAUCUACAAGACCACCAAAAACGAGAAGAUCAAGAUCCGCACGCUGGUGGGUCUCUGUAAGCUCGGCUCUGCAGGCGGCACAGACUAUGGUCUCAGGCAGUUUGCUGAAGGGUCCACAGAGAAGCUGGCCAAACAGUGCCGCAAGUGGCUGUGCAAUGCGUCCAUAGACACCCGCACCCGGCGCUGGGCAGUGGAGGGCCUGGCCUACCUCACGCUGGACGCCGAUGUGAAGGAUGACUUUGUCCAGGACAUCCCGGCCCUGCAGGCCAUGUUUGAGCUGGCCAAGAGCAGUGAUAAGACCAUCCUGUACUCAGUGGCCACCACCCUGGUGAACUGCACAAACAGCUAUGAUGUCAAGGAGGUCAUCCCGGAGCUCGUUCAGCUUGCCAAGUUCUCCAAGCAGCACGUCCCCGAGGAACACCCCAAGGACAAGAAGGACUUUAUAGACAUGCGGGUGAAGCGGCUUCUGAAGGCAGGUGUCAUCUCUGCGCUGGCCUGUAUGGUGAAAGCAGACAGUGCCAUCCUCACUGACCAGACCAAGGAGCUUCUGGCCAGGGUCUUCCUGGCACUGUGUGACAAUCCAAAGGACCGAGGCACUAUUGUGGCUCAAGGUGGUGGCAAGGCCCUGAUCCCCCUGGCUUUGGAGGGCACAGAUGUGGGCAAGGUGAAGGCAGCCCACGCCCUGGCAAAGAUCGCUGCUGUCUCCAAUCCGGACAUCGCCUUCCCUGGGGAGAGGGUGUAUGAGGUGGUGCGGCCCCUUGUGAGUCUCCUGGACACACAGAGGGACGGCAUCCAGAACUAUGAGGCUCUCCUAGGCCUCACCAACCUGUCUGGGCGGAGUGACAAACUCCGGCAGAAGAUCUUUAAGGAGAGGGCCUUGCCGGACAUUGAGAACUACAUGUUUGAGAAUCAUGACCAGCUGCGGCAGGCAGCCACCGAGUGCAUGUGCAACAUGGUGGUCAACAAGGAGACAUCCCAGUGGUUGGAGAUCCUACAGCGGCUUUGCCUGCACGACCAGCUGUCAGUCCAGCACCGGGGCCUGGUCAUUGCCUACAACCUGCUGGCGGCUGAUGCUGAGCUGGCCAAGAAGCUGGUGGAGAGUGAGCUGCUGGAGAUCCUGACCGUGGUGGGCAAACAGGAGCCAGAUGAGAAGAAGGCAGAAGUGGUUCAGACAGCCCGGGAGUGUCUCAUCAAGUGCAUGGAUUAUGGCUUCAUUAAGCCAGUGUCUUAAGAUAGGGGCCUGCAGGGCUACUGAGACUGGUUCUGUACAGUGCAGAGUCCUGGGCUGGUUUCUGAUGGAGUGUCAGGUCAUCUAGGGAUCAUAGCAAGGACAAUGAAGUCUCAAUAUAAAAGAAAGACUUG